AUGCCGCUGUUCCCACCCAAUCAGAGCCCUCCAAGGCAGAGAAAUUCCAUCAUCGCGCAGGAGCAGGAGCUCCAUCUCUUCUGCUCAACAUACGACCGCGACGGACAAGACUGGCCAGCAGUCCGCAUUUUCCCGAACGGAAAGGAAGAGGAUCCCACGAGCAUCGCCACCGGGUCCGCCGGCCGAGGCCGUCAGCUUCCUAAGCUCUUUUCUAAACUCCGACAUAUCCGCCCCCUUCCUUCAACGUACCUUCGAUCAAAUCCUACGAGCAUCAGACGCACGGGCAGCAUUCAUAGCAUCCCGUCGCGCCGGUCUACAACUACAAUCCGAGCAGCCGCCUUGCUCUUCUCCCAACCCGCACGAGCACGACCGACCGCAAUAGAAGAGGCGCCAACAAUGCUACGAAGCUCCAUGUCCGGGGCGUUCCGGGCCUCGGUGCUGGGCCGCCAGCCCACGACGACAGCUUCGGGAGCUCCUCUACGAAGGCUGGCAGCCCAGGGUGGCAGCGCAAACCCCACCAGUACUAUAUUCGCACCAGCGAGAGCUGCCAACAGGCAGGCAGCCGCCACGGGGGCGAGGCCCUUCGGCACUGUGCGGACGACAUUCCUGCGGAGCCCCUCGGCAGCAUCAAGAACGACACAACAGGCGACACAGUGGCUAUCACAGAGGGCGCAGAAGCGCACCUUCAGCUGGACGUGGGCGCGCCGGUCGGGCGGCGGCAAGGGUGCUGGAGCCGGGGCCGGGGCCGGAGCGGAGGCGGAGCCACAGUCGCUGAGCGCGCGCCUGCGCAAGCUGUCGCGCGAGUACGGGUGGGCGGCACUCGGCGUGUACCUGGGGCUCAGCGUGCUCGACUUCCCAUUCUGCUUCCUGCUGGUGCGCAUGGUUGGCACCGACCGCAUCGCCGAGGUCGAGCGCUGGGUCAUGGCCGGCGUGAAGAAGAUCGUGCCCGACUCGGUCAAGGAGCGGUGGCAGGAGUACCGCGCCGCCCUCAAGGACGCCGAGAAGGAGGAGCUGGGCGACAACAGCGCCAGCGAGGGCAUCGAGAAGGUCGGCUGGGGUGUUGAGAAGGCUCAGGAGAGGCACAAGGAGGAAGCGAGUCUCGCGACGCAGCUCGCCCUGGCGUAUGCCAUCCACAAGAGCUUCAUCUUCAUCCGGGUGCCCCUGACGGCGGCAGUGACACCGAAGGUGGUCAAGGUCCUCAGAGGAUGGGGCUACCAGAUCGGCAAGAGGAAGCCGAAGGCACGGUAG